CCGGGCCGGGCCGGGCCGGGCCUCCUCCCCCUCAGCGCCCGCCUGUCGCACAGGAACCUGCUGGUGAACCUGGGGCUCUUCGCCGCCGGCGUGUGGGUGGCCCGAAACCUCACGGACAUCGACCUCAUGGCGCCCCAGCCCGGCGCCUAGCGGCAGCGACCCAGGAAAGAAACGCUCCUCUGAGGCAGAAGAGCCUGCCCUCCCCGUUAACGACGACCAGAAGAGAGGCGUUUAGCCAGUACCCUCGUGGGUAUCAUCGACCCUCGUCUGCCAUAGAGCUGCUACUCACACUUCAAAGCUGUUGCGCUUGGAACGAUGACGAGGGGCGGAAAGGCUUUUGAGCAUGAGAGGGAGGAUUUACGUUCAAUUGAGCCUGCAAGGUACAAUGGGAAGAGUUUCCUCAUCAAUGUGAAGCCAUUGCGCGUGGAAUUUUCUUCUGUACUGCCGUCUCGAUGUUCAAUUAAAUAUUAAAGUGCGGGGAAUAACGACAUAA